ACAAUGUCUCUUAUUAAAACCCAAAAACCUAUUCUUUUUUCUAUGUACAGCUACAGCCUAUACCAAUAAGAAAAAGAAACAAACCCCACAAGAAAAAACUAGAAGAAGAAGCAGAAGAAAAACUUACAGGUUUUAUUCUUCUUCCUAAUGGGUUCUCAGAUCUCUAAGCAAGCGGAGAAAAGAAAGGCAAUCAAAACUGAGAAGAAAUGCCUGUGUGAUCUCCAAGAAAGCUGUGGCCCUGAGUUUCCGGGGUGUGAAUACAGGCCAAAAGAUAGAAAGAACUGGAUGUCUGAGCUCAACCCAGAAAAGCUUCGGCUGAAUCAGAUAGUAUGGCCUGGAACCCAUGAUUCAGCUACAAACAAGAUUGGCAUUCCAUGCAUAUCUCGACCUUUUGCACAAUGUCAAAACUUGUCUAUCUAUCGUCAACUUGUGAGGGGUACAAGGGUUCUUGAUGUCAGGGUUCAAGAGGAUCGUCGUGUGUGUCAUGGAAUCCUUAAAACCUAUAGUAUUGAUGUUGUCAUCAAUGAUAUCAAGAAGUUUUUGUCUGAGACAAAGUCAGAGAUUAUAAUCUUGGAGAUUAGGACUGAGUUUGGUCAUGAAGACCCUGUUGACUUUGAUAAGUACUUAGAGGAUCAGCUUGGAGAGUUUCUGAUUCAUCAGGAUGAUCAUGCGUUUGAAAAAACAGUGGCAGAGUUAUUGCCAAAGAGAGUUAUUUGUGUAUGGAAGCCAAGGAAAUCAGCUCACCCAAAGCCUGGGAGUCCCUUAUGGAGUGGUGGGUAUUUGAAGGAUAAUUGGAUUGACACAGAUUUGCCAUCAACAAAGUUUGAGAGUAAUUUGAAGCAUUUGAGUGAGCAGCCACCAGUUUCAUCAAGGAAAUUCUUUUACAGGGUGGAAAACACUGCCACACCACAGGCUGAUAACCCAAUUGUUUGUGUUAAGCCUGUGACUAGAAGGAUUCACAAGUAUUCAAGGUUGUUUAUCACUCAGUGUUUCUCUAGGGGUUUUGGUGAUAGGUUGCAGAUCUACUCCACUGAUUUCAUUGAUGAGGAUUUUGUUGAUGCUUGUGUUGGGGUUACUCAUUCAAGGAUUGAAGGGAAAGCCCAAAUUUGAUACAUGUUUCAUAAUCUCCUUGCAUACUAUAAUUUUCUGCAUCCAUGAAAUUUGUUAGUUUAUUAUCAAUGGUAUCUGCUAUGUUAUUUGUUUGUUUGUACAUUUAAUACUGUGUUUGUUUUUUAUGUAAUAUAUGAUGUAUAAUGGGCUUGGUUAAUUAGUUGUAUAUUGGGGACGAGUUGCUUUUGGUUUACAUAAUCUUCUGGAUAAGCAAGAAGUUCUCCUUUC